ACAGGCAUACCGAACCAGAGGAAACAGAAAGAUCGUGAGAAAACCUAGUAUAAAAAGAGCAGAAACUGUUGUGGUGUUCUUGAAACCAGUUCUUUUCUGUACUAGGCAACUCAGAUGGGCACGGUCAAGAUUCUCGCAAUAGCGCUUCUUGCUGCGUUUCUUUUACUUGAUCCCAUGACUAAGGCUGUCCCAGACCCACCUCAACGCUCACUUUGCAUGCCCCAGUAUUCUCUAGUGAACCAUGCAUGUUCAGUGAUUCUAGGCUACUCAUUGCCAACCCACCCUCUUACCUCCGAUGACGGGCACGGGCAUGGGAAUGGACAUGAUCACGGUCAUGGGCGGCGCAGACACAGGCAUAGACAAAGGCAUGGUGGCAGUCACAAUGGAUCAUCUUCAGAAGACAAUUGCUGCAAAUGGUUGAAAGAGUUAGAUGAAGAGUGUGUCUGCGAUGUGCUAUAUCGCCUGCCCUCUUUCCUCUCGAAGCCUGCACACACGUACACUGUCAAUGUUGCUGAGGCAUGCAAUGUUACUUACAGUUGUGACAUGCAUUUGUAACUCCAAUGGAGCAUGGCAUCUCAACAGCAGUUAUUUACAUCUAAUCUAAUAAUACAAGUUCGAUAAACUUCACUCAUUAACUGUUAGAGAGUAAGCUGCAUCUCCUUAAUUAAUUAACCCUUGAUUUCUUAGCGAUACCCUGGGAAAUUUAAGGUCAUUAGUCUGCCAAUGAGCGUUCAUGAAUAAGCUGUUAUAGUACUGUCAUCAUGACUGUAAUAGGAGAUUACAUAUAAACUCAGUAUUCCAACGCAA